GGUCACGUAUCCUAGAUUUGCAAACGACACUGAUUUAGUACGUGUGAGUUUCCUUUUUGAAAGUGAUGUUAAUGACGUCGUCAUCAACCACGAAUUCAUUAAGGACAUAAGAGGGCAAUUUGUUCGUCAACUUAAUUGUUCGUUAGAGCACCUGGACAAUAUAAAAAUGGUUUAUUCAGAUUUCCACGUAUAUGAGAUAAGACUGGACGUUUUUAAACAGACAGGGAUGGAACCAGAGCAAGAAUUUGAUACCAGAGAAGCUAUAACCGAUCUCGAAAAUCUUGUGUAUCGACUACAUGUAUUAGCUGACACUGGAAAACUCAGCAUUAUUACCGAAAACGUAAACAUGACGUCCAUGAUUCAAAGCGUGGUGUACAGACAAUUAAUCUCUGGCUAUAUGAAAUCAGACAGAAAAACAAAACAGAUUGUAGGCGACCGAUUUGUCCUUUCAAGUCUUUUGCCAUUAGGAGUAGUACUGUUCAUUUUAGUUUGGUUAGUUGCCGUGGCAAAAGUUCAUCAGCGUUACAGAAAAACGUUGAAAAGAAUGUGACUGCAAAUUUGAAGAUUUUUUUUAUAAAGUUUACAUUCAACUUUGUUGAUACGUAGAGGUUUUUAUAGGG